CUUUUGAAAUGCAAAAUGAAGUAAUGGUUGCCUCUAUAUAAGGCACAGCUAACAGCAGAAACACUCAACACCAAAACAGAACCAAAGUUAUGGAUACCCUCUCUCAGCUUAGCCUUCUUUGCCUUUGCCUUUCCUUCUUUCCCCUUUUCGCUUCCCCUGCUUUGCUGUUUCAGGGGUUCAACUGGGAAUCAAGUAAGAAAGGUGGUUGGUACAACUCGCUGAAGAACACUAUUCCUGACCUUGCAAAUGCUGGAAUUACACAUGUUUGGCUCCCUCCUCCCUCUCAAUCUGUUUCACCUGAAGGUUAUCUUCCAGGAAGGCUAUAUGAUCUUGAUGCAUCAAAGUAUGGAACAAAGGAUCAAUUGAAGUCCUUAAUUGCUGCUUUCCAUGACAAGGGAAUAAAAUGCCUAGCUGACAUAGUGAUCAACCACAGAACUGCAGAAAGAAAGGAUGGAAGAGGCAUAUAUUGCAUCUUUGAAGGUGGUACUCCAGAUGCACGUCUUGAUUGGGGUCCAUCUUUCAUUUGCAAAGAUGACAAUACUUAUUCUGAUGGCACCGGAAACCUUGACAGUGGUGAGCCCUAUGAUCCUGCUCCUGAUAUUGACCACCUCAAUCCACAAGUGCAAAGAGAGUUAUCUGAAUGGAUGAAUUGGCUCAAAACUGAAAUUGGUUUUGAUGGAUGGAGGUUUGAUUAUGUGAAGGGCUAUGCCCCUAGCAUUACCAAAAUUUACAUGGAACAAACUAGGCCAGAUUUUGCAGUAGGAGAGAAAUGGGAUUCUCUUUCUAUUGAUAACUAUGACGGUCAUCGUGGGGCACUGGUGAAUUGGGUUGAAUCUGCUGGUGGGGCUAUCACUGCCUUUGAUUUCACAACAAAAGGAAUUCUUCAAGCUGCUGUGCAAGGCCAACUUUGGAGGUUGAAGGAUUCAAAUGGCAAGCCUUCUGGAAUGAUUGGUGUGAAACCAGAAAAUGCAGUAACCUUUAUUGACAACCAUGAUACUGGUUCCACUCAGAGAAUUUGGCCAUUCCCAUCUGAUAAAGUCAUGCAAGGAUAUGCUUACAUUCUAACACAUCCUGGCACCCCAUCAAUAUUCUACGAUCAUUUCUUUGAUUGGGGCUUGAAGGAGCAGAUAGCCAAAUUGAGUAGCAUAAGGGUGAAGCAUGGGAUCAAUGAGAAAAGCAGUGUGAAUAUUCUGGCAGCUGAAGCUGACCUUUAUGUUGCAAAGAUAGACAACAAGAUCUUUUUGAAGAUAGGGCCAAAGAUGGACCUUGGAAACCUUAUUCCCCCAAAUUUCCACGUUGCUACCUCUGGCCAAGACUAUGCCGUGUGGGAGUGACUCAAUUUAUUACAUUACAAUAAGUUACCAUUGGAAUAAGAUCAUCUUGUAAAAAAUAAUUUCAAAGCUUGUAAUCCAUUAUCGGUUUAAAUAUGUUUUUAAUCUCUAUAAAACGAGUGGAUUUUGAUUUUAGUUGAAAUUAUUUCUUUUGGUCAAUAAUUA